GCAGUCACAGUUUAACUCAUCAGGCCAAAAAGGCACCACGUGUUGCCGAGCUAUGGAAGAAUAUAUUAAAAUAAAGAUGAAUCCCCAAGAAAAUGUCAGGAAAUUCAUGGAAAUAUCAUUGGCAAACUGCUUUUGAAUAGGUGAAGGUUAAACGUGACCGAAAAAAUGUGCGGAUCUUGAGAAGCGCGGCAAUUGAACCUUGAAGUCUCAUUUUGAGACUUCUUAGGACCAACAUGGGAUGGCUUAAGCGAUGAAAUUGCUGUACCCUUAUACAACGACCUCAAAAUAAAUCUUCCUCCAUAAGUGAAGGCGGAAUUGGAUACAUGUAAAGGAUCAACUAAAAUCGAAUUCCCACAAAUGUGAAGGCGGAACUGGAUACAUCUAAUGGAUCAAUGAAUUCCCACGAAUGGGAACGGGGACCCGGAAAUUAUAAUGGAUCAACCGAAAAAGAAUUCCCUAGAAUGAAAAGAACGAACCGGAUAUCUCUAAUGGAUAAACGAAAAAUUAAGAAUAGUUCCGUUGCCUGAUGACAAAAAUCGGUUGAAUGAUGUGGUCAAAAAUAUAUUAUUAACAUAAAUAAAUAUUAAUAAACUUAUCAAAACACUUUUUGAAAUUUAUAAUUGGGUAGUAGGAGAAAACAAAUUUAUUUACAAGAACCUAACUAUCUAGUAGACCUCAGUCAAACUCAUGACAAAAAAAAACUGUCCAAAUCAAUUUUCAAUCGACCUCCAGGUUUAAAUAAAUUUUGAAUAUGUACAAAAAAAUGAGAUUCCGUUCACUGAAGAAAAUCUGGCCGAAAGCGAAGAUGGAGCGACUAAUUAUGACUUUUGUUGUUUGCGUAGUGCUCGCGGUUUACUAUAUACUCAUGGAGAUAGUGCUGCCGGAGUUGUCGGAAUAUGGAACACCCAUUUACAUAUUUCAACGGGUUCUGGCGCUGUUUUGCGCCUCUAAUAUAUUGUCAAACCUAGUCAUGUGCAUACUGGUGGAUUCAACCAUCGAUCCCAAGUGUAUGAGGGAUCAAUUGGAGCGGGGAAGAAACAAUGAGGACUGGCACAAGUGCGAUGUGUGCCGGAUCCUGGCACCACCUCGAGCAAGUCACUGCAAUGCGUGUGAUGUAUGUGUCCUAAAGCGAGAUCAUCACUGCAUUGUUACAGGUUGCUGCAUUGGCCAUGCGAACUAUAGAUACUUCUUCUAUUUCGUAAUCUAUUUGUUUCUAAGCUGCCUGAUCUCUUUAAUAUCAUCUUUCAUCUUCAUCUUUGUGCUACGAGGAGGGAAGUACCAAUUCAGAUUGCUGCGCAUGCCAGUACCAUAUUUACAAAAAAAUCAUAUUGGCAAUUACGAUUUCGAUGUGAACUCUAAUAUUAUGGAGAUAUUUGAUUUGGGACUUCCUGGUAGAUACGAGCUUGUGUUCGCAGUUGCGUUCACUAUGAUUUGUAUCGGGAUUUGUGGAGCUGGCUAUAUGAUUAUCGAGCACUGGUCCGUCAUCAAAAAUGGAUCAAUAUGUUAUGAGUUUAAGUUUCAGAACUUUCUGUACGAUCGAGGACUGCGCCGAAACUUUGAGUCGUUUUUGGGGAGGCGAAUGAAAUGGACCUGGAUUUCUGCAUUUAUACCAAGCCCGCUGCCCCAGGACGGAUUCCAUUGGGAGCCCACAGAUGAGGAUGAAGGUGGUGACGAUCGGGCUUCGGAAAAAAUCAUUUAAGGAUGCUGUGCUCUAUAUGAUUUUAUUUUUGAAAUUGUUGAUAGUAUUGCUAAAUAAAUAAAAUAAACUCAUUUAGGCAUUUACUUAAAAA